UUGUAAGUCUUAUUUAUGUUUCAGUUAUCUAAUUGUAUAGUAUUUUUUACGGCCAAUUUAGUCUAUGUUUUGUUUACUCAACUGUAUUUCGGUGGAAUCUACAACGAGCCAUCUUGCAGUAGUUCGUUACUGGACCACGGAGUGUUGGCUGUUGGUUACGGUACAGAGAAUGGCAAAGACUAUUGGCUAGUGAAGAACAGUUGGGGUGAAAGCUGGGGUGAUCAAGGAUACAUCCAGAUGACCAGAAACAAGAAAAAUCAGUGUGGUAUCGCCACCCAGGCUAGCUAUCCUACUGUUUAAGCCUUUACGCAAUUUUAAAUCAUACUGAAAACCUAUACACAACUUUAAGUCAUACUAAAAACACAUUCAAAAUAGUUUAAAUUAAAGUGAAACAAAAUAAAAGUUUGUGUAACAAAACAGCCUUGUAUUACUAAAUAAUUCUAUUGAUGUAUAAAUUCGAAUAAAAAAUGUGCAAAACAUC